AUGAUGUGUCGUGUGUUGUGUUUUCUCGUUUUGCUGUUGAGUGUUGUCUCUUUGUGUGUGACAGCUGAGGCGGGUUCUGAAACUCAUACAGUUGGUCCUGAUGUUCCAUGUCCUGAAGGUACUGAACUUCCUAGUGAUAAACCUUGUACUGCUCCUCCUCCUACUGGUGGUAAGUGCACUGAAGGUGCUGAUCCUCCUGAUGGUGAAAACACUUGUUCGCGUACUACUUCUCCUGUUCCACCACCACCUCCAGGUCCACCACCACCACCUGGUUCUCCUCCUGGUGGUGAAAAUGCUUGUACUUCAGACAACACUAAUCCUCCGUGCUCUACUAGCGGUAGUAAACAUGAAGCUGCUCGUGCUGAAUGUGCGGAAUCUUCAGAGAAGGAUGGUUGUACUACCCCUACACUUAAACCUACGGGCAAUUGCGGUGACGAUGGUAAAACCACUUGUCCACCAAAGGCAACGCAAGAACCGGGUCAACCUACACCUAAUCCUCAAAAAGAAGGUCAUCCUAAUGGUAAACCAGGUCCAAUUGGUGCUUCUGGUGAACAAGGAGAAUCUGCGGCUAGUGAGGCUGUAUCGGGUGUUGUUUCUUCUUCUUCUUCUGAACCUCCUUCUCCUGUUACUGGUCCUACUACUCCUGAGGUGAGUGUUGGUGAGUCUUCAGGUGAUGGCCAAUCUGGAAACAGCGGCGGCAGUACAACAGAAGAGAGUGGAGAUAACAAUGAAACAGCGGCAACACAACCUUCUGCUGACUCUUCUAACACUUCGGCCCCAGUGAGUGGUGAUGGUUCAGAUACUGGAACAGCAGUGAAUGGCACUACACCUGCAGGGAGUGAAUCAUCAAAUAACCAAGAAGGUGAUGCAGAAAAUACAGAAUCAACCACCACCACCACAACAACAACACUUCCUCCUGAACUCACAAACAACAAGAAGGGUGAUGCCGACAGCAGCAGCAGUAUCAGCAGUUCUGUGUGGGUGCGUGUACCACUACUGAUUGUGGUUACACUGGCCUGUAUUCUUGUGUGCUGA